UGUGCUCCCGUAGACUUAUGAGGCUCGUGACGCACCUGGAGUUUACUAUAGUCAGCUCAGAUAAGAGCACGAACGUUUUUAGACGCAAUAGAUUUCAAAUUGAGUCACGACCGCUUUAACAACGCUCCCGAUGACGCGCCAUAGCAUGUGAUCAGUUUGUGCCGCGCUGUGAUUUUCUAUUGGUCCCUCAUUUCACUAGAAUACCGCCCACAGGCACUGCCGCCUCUGAUGCCGCGCGAUUGCCAGCAACAUUGAGGGAAUUCGAUUAGUAUGGCCCCCGUGCCCGGUAGACUUGUUUUGUACCAGGUGAAAGUUGAAUGUAUUCGUCUUGGGAAUCGGGCUGCCUCCCGGGCGUGAGCCAGGUGCCCCGUUCAACGCCCACGGUGAAGUCUGCUCAAAACAAAAGUGAUGUAAUUAAGCACGCGGAGUAAUGAGUAGGAUUGUGUAUUUUCACAUGCAACAAUUAUUGCUUAAUCUGCCUUCCCAAUGACAAAUAGUUCAAAAAUUAAAACAUGUAUUUUAUGGAAAAGAGAUGUAUGUUUCUGGGCGAUGCACCAUGUUGACGCAUGAUCAAGUGGCGUAGAUCACUGUUCAAUUUUAGACCGGCACUCCUCCCUCACCACCGCUGUUGCCCGUUCAUAUAACGGACCAUGUCCUAAUCGAAUCCACCCAUUCUAGAGGCACCGAUCUGUCUUGAUUGGCUUUGGUGUGGGUGUGUGCACGCCAUUGACGCGGCUACACAACCGCGCUUUUACCUGUCAUAAACUUUCAUUGGCUAUUCCGCAGUUAUUGGGUAUGGAUUCUCUCUGACUAUUGGUUCAAAUGCAUGCUUUACUUUCGCUGAUUGGUCCAAGCAUAGGUCAUCGCUCGUGAAUGCGGAAGUCGUGUAGUCUACUGAGUCACCGUUGUAUCAGCUGAUUCUUUCUGAGAGACGUCGCUGACUCAGCGGAGCCCGGUAGAGGGGAGGAGAGACUGAGGGAGCUGGAGAGAAGCCAGUAUGAUUGGUGCAGAACAACAGACUGACAGCAUGGGUGAAGAGGGGCCCCCGAGUCUGGAGUACAUCCAAGCCAAGGACCUGUUCCCCCCGAAGGAGAUGGUCAGUGAGGACGACAACCUGCAGGUACCGUUCCCAGCUCUUCAGGGGGAAGGGGUGGAGUAUCUGGGCCGGGCCGACGACGCCGUCAUUGCCAUCUCCAACUACAGGCUCCACAUCAAGUUCAAGGACUCCGUCAUCAAUGUGCCUCUGAUGCUGAUAGAGGGUGUGGAGAGCAGAGAGAUGUUUCAACUGCACAUCGUCUGCAAGGACUCGAAAGUUGUCAGAUGCCACUUCUCCACGUUCAAGCAGUGCCAGGAGUGGUCUAAACGUCUGAACCGGGCCAUAGCGCACCCUGGCAGGCUGGAGGAUCUGUUCGCCCUGGCCUACCACGCCUGGUGUCUGGGGAGCAGCACUGAUGACGAGGACCAGCACCUACACCUCUGUAGACCAGGUGACCAUGUUCGUCAGAGGCUGCAGAUGGAGGUUAAGAGGAUGGGCUUUGACAUGCAGAACGCCUGGAGAGUGUCUGACAUCAACCUCAAAUACAAGCUGUGCUCCAGCUAUCCCCAGAAGCUGCUGGUUCCAGUGUGGAUCACAGACAAGGAGCUGGAGAGUGUGGGUUCCUUCAGAUCCUCCAAUAGAAUCCCUGUGGUCGUCUAUAGGCACCAGAGGAACGGGGCAGUGAUCGCCCGCUGUAGCCAACCAGAGAUCAGCUGGUGGGGCUGGAGGAACACAGAGGACGAGUACCUGGUAACAUCCAUCGCCAAGGCCUGUCUGAUGGACCCCGGAACAAGGUUCACCUGUGGGGCCCCAGCCUGCAGCCAGCCCCGAGGGGAAGGGCCAGACAGCUCUGACAGCGACUUCGACUCCUCUCUGACAGGAUGCCCAGGCCCUGAUGCCAACACUGCGCCACAAAAGCUUCUUAUCCUCGAUGCUCGUUCCUACACCGCCGCAGUGGCCAACCGUGCCAAGGGAGGUGGCUGUGAGUGUGAAGAGUACUACCCUAACUGUGAGGUGAUGUUCAUGGGCAUGGCCAACAUCCACUCCAUUAGGAACAGCUUCCAGUCCCUCCGAGCCGUCUGCAGCCAGAUCCCUGACCCUGGCAACUGGCUGUCUGCUCUGGAGAGCACCCGUUGGCUGCAGCACCUGUCCGUCAUGCUGAAGGCAGCCACUCUGGUGUGUUCUGCGGUGGAAAGGGAGGGACGUCCUGUCCUGGUGCAUUGUUCAGACGGUUGGGACCGUACCCCACAGAUUGUGGCUCUCGCCAAGAUCCUGCUGGACCCAUUCUAUAGGACACUAGAGGGUUUCCAGGUGCUGGUGGAGACGGAGUGGUUGGACUACGGGCAUAAGUUUGGCGAUCGCUGUGGUCACCAGGAGAAUGCUGCCGACGUGAGUGAGCAGUGCCCCGUCUUCCUCCAGUGGCUGGACUGUGUUCAUCAGCUGUUCAAACAGUUCCCGUGCCUCUUCGAGUUCAACGAAGCCUUCCUGGUCAAGCUGGUGCAGCACACGUACUCGUGUCUGUACGGGACGUUCCUGUGUAACAACGGGCGGGAGAGAGAGGUCCGCAACAUCUACAACCGCACCUGCUCAGUCUGGUCUCUGCUCCGCACCGGCAACAAGAACUUCCAGAACUUCCUCUUUAUCCCCGGUCAUGAUAUGGUGUUGCAACCGGUGUGCCACACCCGGGCCCUGCAGCUGUGGACGGCCGUCUACCUGCCCACCUCUUCCCCCUGCACCUCUGCCGAGGACGCCAUGGAGCUCUACCUGUCCCCCAGCGUACAGGGAGACGAGCUCACCUCACGGUCCCUGGACAGGCUUCCUAAGACUCGCUCCAUGGACAACCUGGUGUCUGCCUUUGAGAACGGGGUUGCCCUCACCCGCACCUCCAGCGACCCCAACCUCAACAAGCACUGUCAGGAGGGCCGUACUGCCCAUGGCCUGGAGCCUAUGGCUUCUGUAGGAGGAGGGGCUGCACCCGACAGCCCCGAGGACGUCAGCCCUGACACGGGAUUGGAAAGCGACGACUCGGAGGUGGAGCCCGUCACUCAGACUCCUCCUACCACACCCGUGGAGAUGGAGCAGAGGGAAGAGGGCUUCGAGGAGGCGGAGAUGAGAGAGGAGAUCUGUCUCACCACCCAGCCCCUGCCCUCCCUGCCCCUCCCCCCCAUCGCACUGGAGCAGGGCCUCCCCCACUUCCCCCCUCUCCCCCUGCUCACACCCAUCCUCCACCAGGCCCUCUCCCAGACCACUAGCCCCCCAGUUCCUCCCCCUCGACUGCCACAUCAGACGGCUGACAGUCACUCUAGGACUGCCUUGGUCACUACCCGUCCUGGCUGCAUACCAUCACCACCUGCCUGGAAGGGCCCACUACCGGCAGCCGUUCUGAACGGGCCUAUCACCAACGGCCUCCAGAACGUCCCCUCCGCUUCUGCAGAGCUGCUGGCACUCGAGCAGCUAGUUCCCAUGUUCCCUACGGCCAUGGAGGACUCCACCGAGACGCUUACGGACGAAGCAGAGGCCCCACCAACGCUGCCCCCUAGCAGGAGAGAAAGUCUAGGCCAGCCCAAAGCCCUAGAAUGGGCCUUACCCAAAACCCAGGGAGAGGAGAGAGAGGGGAAGAGGACAGAGAGUGUGAGUGGUAGAAACUUGGUGCCUCUGAGAGAAUGUGUGGUAGCAGUACCAACAUCAAAGGAAGCAGCAUCCUCUGCCUCCACAGUGCCCCCUGUUGACAACAGCCAGGCGGUGGCAUUGCGACGCCCGGUCUCCCAGAGCCAACUGCGUGUCAGUGAGGAGCUGUCUCUGCUGGGCUCUCACUGGGAGAGUGUCCAGGGCAUGGUCCAGUCUGCCUGCAGCACUGCAGCCAGCCACUCUGGCCUCUCAGCCAACCUCUCGUCAGGCUUCUGUCGGGCCCUCCAGCCCACGGCCUACCAGAGCCGACGCCUGGCUGGCAAGUUGCUGCGCACCCAGGGCAUGGCCGUGCCUAACGGGGUGCCUAACGGGGGUUGGCAGUACGGCCGGAGGGAGGAAAGGAUUCGCUCCUCAGCCCCAGCCACCUCCAGCCCUGUCAAGUCAGGGUCCAGCUGGCUCUCUGCAGUCAGGAGCAGCUCGGGCUACGCUGCCAUCAUGGGUCCAACCACCACCAGCUCACCACCCACCUUUUCAACCUGCCAGCUCCUCCCAGCUUCUCCCUGCUCCUCAGCCUCCCCUUUGCCCCACCCGGCCUACCUGGAUGAUGAUGGGCUGCCGGUGCCAAUGGACGCGGUGCAGCAGCGCCUCAGGCAGAUGGAGGCGGGGUAUAAACAGGAAGUGGAGGUGCUGAGAAGCCAGGUGCGCCAGCUGCAGAUGAGGCUGGAGAGGAAACAGUACAGCACACCGCUCUCCGAGCCUGACGUCGACUACGAGGACGACAUUACUUGUCUGCGUGAGUCAGACGACAGUGAUGAGGAGGAGAGUCUGUCAGACCACAGCGAGGACCGUUUCUCCGAGGGCAGCUGGGACAGAGUGGAGCAGAAGGACACAGAGGUCAGCGUUCCUCGUAGUCUACUGCAGGUCACGAGGUGGGUGCCUGAUCACAUGGCCUCUCAUUGUUUCAACUGUGACUGUGAGUUCUGGAUGGCCAAGAGACGUCAUCACUGCAGGAACUGUGGCAAUGUGUUCUGUAAAGACUGCUGCCACCUGAAGCUGCCCAUCCCAGACCAGCAGCUGUAUGACCCUGUCUUGGUGUGUAACGUCUGCUACGACCUACUGCUGGAGGCUAGGAACAGAGAGAUCCGCAGCCAGCAACUCAAGAAGCCCAUCGCCACAGCCUCCAGCUGAGAGACAGGAGAGAGAGCCCUUUACUGAAUGGCUCAGUCUGGCCUGGCUUGGCUCGGUUCAGUUUGGCCCAGUUAGGACCUGGAUCAGCACCAUCUUGGAUCAGCUUUUGGACAGACAUGAGCCAAGUGCCCCAUUCCCACUACCCUAACAUGGUCUGGUCUUGGCUGUGGGGGAAGAUGAGAAGGACUUGUUGCUCUGUGGAAGGGAGGCAAAGCUUGAGAAUGGAGAGAGGCCGCUGACUGCUGGGGAUGAGAGACACCGAGUGGAGUAGAAGAGGGGAUGGUACUGAAUGAACUGUAGGAGGAAGAGGAGCAGAUGUUAUGGAAGCUAUCCCACUGAGUUUAACUCCUUUUGGUCAAACACAUUUCCAGCUUGGAAGGAAGGCUUCAGUGUUCUGCCCUGCCCCGCCCUGUUCUGCCCUGUUCUGCCCUGCCCCGCCCUGUUCUGCCCCGCCCUGUUCUGCCCCGCCCUGUUCUGCCCCGCCCUGUUCUGCCCUGCCCCGCCCUGUUCUGCCCUGCCCCGCCCUGUUCUGCCCUGCCCCGCCCUGUUCUGCCCUGUCCUGCCCCGCCCUGUCCUGCCCCGCCCUGCCCCGCCCUGUCCUGCCCUGUCCAGUCCUGGGGCUGUUGUCCUCUAGUGGUGCACCAUAACCCCCCUGAUGUCCCAUAUCACACCUCCCUGCUCCUGUAAACCUACUAGGAGGUGUUCCAUCAUCUCAACCCCCCCCCCCCCCACACACACACACACACACACACUCUAGUGCAUCCCUGUCACACACCAACCAGCCACUCUAUGAUGUACCCCCCCCCCCCCCCCCCCCACACACACACACACACACACACACACUCCUCCUCUCCUCAGAGGACAAUCUCUCGCCCUGGGGGAUUCCAAAGCCUUUACCUUGUUCUACUGGUGGCUUACAACAACUUUAAAAAGCAAAAUGCUGCUACAUUAUCUAAAAGUCUAAUUUUGUAUUAUUAUUUUGUGCACUACAAGAUCUUUGUCUAUUUCAGCAAAUUUGAGACCAAACUCGAGCGGAAGGGAGGGGGAAAAAAUCUUCUGUUUUACUUGCGGGUCGUAUCCUUUUAUUGUGGGGGUUGAAUGUCAACGUUUGAAAUUAAAUGGACAAGUGUUAGAGUAACUGGAAGACGGAUGGUGAUGAUAAUGUCUUUAUGUUCAUUAGGUCGGUUGUGUACUUGUUCAUUCCUGUGAGUUUUAUUUUAAUUUUUUUUUUAAAGAAAAAAAAAUAUUAUAUGCACAGUUAAUGUGGUUCUGUCUUUGUCAAGUGUAACCCUGACAACGUUUAGAAAAUCUGAGGUAUCCCACUAUCUGUGUGGACAAACGGUUAAUUAGAUCACAUCUAGAAUUGUCAUUCAGAUAUGCAUCUGAUCAGACGAGUCUCUUCAACAGAAACAUUUUAAUGAAUCUGCUAAACAACCAGACAAGACAAAGGUGUUUCCAUGAUUUCCAAAUAAGUGUGUUUUCCUUGCGAUGUUGUCGUACCACUUACAAUGAAAGGUCAACGGGAAAGUACUUGGUGGUCGUUCGUUGUAUGAGGAAGGAGAGGUUUUUGAAUAAUGGGAGUUUAUACUUCUACACUGAUGUGAGAGAGGCUUGAUGUACAGUAACAUAGUUCUGCUCCAACUUCCUCUUUUAAUCAACCAUUCUUGUCAGGUUCCUGUCCAAGAAUGUCAAUGACUGGCACUUAAAAUAACUCCGGAGAAAGUACUAAAGUGCUACGAAUGUCCUUUUUUAAUUUGUUUUUCCUGUACCGUAGGGUGAGUUUGUCUAGCCUUGUAUCUAAACUGAGUUUACCAUGUUACCAAACGGAAGUGAAACUUGUGGAACGUAGUGAAAUCAGUUAGGAUGACAUGCUAGAGUUUGGCUGUGGAUCCUAGAAAUUGCCCUAUGGCAACAACAACAAAAAGGUAUUUUUUUUCCCCGUCUAAUCGGUGUGUUUUGUUCCUUGAGACAGAAGUGCCAUAUUGUCUUUUUUUAUUUUUUAAACCUUUUUCUCAUAGAGACGACAGCAGGUAACUAACUGAACUGGCCAGUACUUGGUUUGUUUUAACGGUAGCUGCUUAACAACAUGGGAAUGAUUUUAAAGAUCCGAACAGGGACAUGUCCGUUAGAUGAAGAGGUAAUGAGAAUGAUUUGUUAAAAAAAUGUAUGAACUGAAGAUUUAAAUGAGAUGGUGAGCCUGUACGGUUGUCACGGUUACCCAUUGCCCAAUAACAUUUUAGGGGGGGGGGGGGGGCUUUCACGUGGGGUGUUGAUGGGAAAAUCUGAAUGAGGAAGAGGUCGAACCCAGAUAUGUAAUGUAAUAUAAUAUAUAAUUAUCUGAUUCAGUACUAGUGGCUAAAACCUGUCACUUAGCGAAUAAUUGUGUAAAGAAAACAAAUGCACUGUAAAAGAGAUCCUAUUGGUUAAAAUAAACAAAUAUUAUCUAUA